UGCUAUCACAGCGGCGGCCCCAUGUUUUCCCCCAGCCAGGAGGAGCUGUGCGCGCUGAACAAGGAGCCCGUCAAGUACGGGGAGCUGGUGGUGCUGGGGUAUAAUGGAUCCCUUCCUAAUGGUGACAGGGGGCGCAGAAAAAGCAGAUUUGCCCUUUAUAAGCGACCUAAAGCAAAUGGAGUUAAAGCCAGCACUGUUCAUGUCAUCUCUACUCCUCAAGCAUCAAAGGAGCACCAGAGACCUCCCCAGGGUUUGAGAUCCCUUCCUUCGUUGUCAAACAGACACAGAGGAAAAUCUUUUGAGACCACAGCUCAGUGUCCUGCCAGGUCACAGAGUGCAAUCAGCGCAAAAGGUCACCACAGUAUCUCUUUCACAUUAUCCAGAAGCCAGACAGUUAUAGUGGAAUAUAUUCAUGAUAAAGAUACAGACAUGUUUCAGGUUGGGAGGUCUACAGAAAGCCCCAUAGACUUUGUAGUAACAGAUACUAUUUCAGGAAAUCAAAAUAAUGAUGAAACCCAGAUUACCCAGAGCACCAUCUCCCGAUUUGCCUGCAGGAUUGUUUGUGACAGGAGCCCACCAUACACAGCAAGGAUCUUUGCAGCUGGCUUUGACUCAUCUAAAAAUAUAUUUCUUGGUGAAAAAGCAGCCAAGUGGAAAAACCCUGAUGGCCACAUGGAUGGAUUGACAACCAACGGGGUGCUGGUCAUGCAUCCCAAAGGAGGCUUCACCGAGGAGUCCAAGCCCGGGGUGUGGCGGGAGAUCUCGGUGUGUGGGGACGUGUACACGCUCCGGGAGACCAGGUCUGCUCAGCAGAGAGGCAAACUGGUAGAAAACGAGACCAACAUCCUUCAGGACGGCUCCCUGAUCGACCUGUGCGGGGCCACGCUGCUGUGGAGGACGGCGGACGGGCUCCUGCACACGCCCACGCAGAAACACAUCGAGGCUCUGCGGCAGGAGAUCAACGCCGCCCGGCCCCAGUGCCCCGUGGGCCUCAACACCUUGGCCUUCCCCAGCAUCAACCGCAAGGACGUGGUGGAGGAGAAGCAGCCCUGGGCCUACCUCAGCUGCGGCCACGUGCACGGCUACCACAACUGGGGCCACCGCAGCGACACGGAAGCCAACGAGCGCGAGUGCCCCAUGUGCAGAACGGUCGGCCCUUACGUGCCGCUGUGGCUGGGCUGCGAGGCCGGGUUUUACGUGGACGCCGGGCCCCCCACGCACGCCUUCACGCCCUGCGGACACGUGUGCUCCGAGAAAUCGGCCAAGUACUGGUCGCAGAUCCCGCUGCCGCACGGCACUCACGCGUUCCACGCCGCCUGCCCCUUCUGCGCCGCGCAGCUCUGCGGCGAGCACAACUGCGUCAAGCUCAUCUUUCAGGGCCCCGUCGACUGAAGGAAAUCGUUUGGAAAUGGCCACAAUAAAAGUUUUUUUUUUUUUUGUGACGGUUUACUGUGAAGAUUUUUGCCACUAACUCUUUAGGUUUUAACUUUUUUUAUGAUGUUAUUAAUGAGAGGGGGUGGUAAGGGUGGGGAUGGGGGAGAUGGAGGGACCGUGGUGGAGUUGGGAUGCAUUGAUACCUGGAACUUGACAGAUAUCAGUGGUGUUGCAUGCUCAAAAGCAGCAUAUUCAUGGAGUCUUCUUGGUCAAAUUGUAGUAUAUUUGUAAUCUUUUUAUUAGUACCCUGGAACAGAAAAAGGUGUCUUAAACGAUUUUUUUAAGCUAAGAUUUUUUAAUGGAAAGGUUUUUUCUUCUAAACUUUGACAAGCCUUUAAAACCUAUUUUUCAAAUCUAGAAGGAACAUACAGAAUGUAACUGUCUUUAAUUUGCAAUAUAAUUUAACUUGAAUAGUUUCUCAAGGAGCAAAUGCAGAAUGUGUGGACAACCAUAGGUGAAUGUUCACUAGAGAUAAUUGGAUAUGUAAGAGAAAAAUUAGCUGCCUAAAGUGUAGAGAAUAAAAGCUAUUAAAAUAUCUAUUAUGGUAUAACACAGCUGGCCAAAAAGGCAUCAAAGAUUACUUGAAACUGAGGAAAUCCUGUUUGCAUUGAUUUCCUUUCAGUGUAGUAGAUAUCCACUGGCUAUUAGGUCUGGGAAAUGGCUGAUUAUUUAAUUUUUUUUUUUUUUUUUUUUUUUUUCCAUUUAACCUGCAUCUGGUGAAACCACUUUACUCUUUUCCAUCCUUAGCUCUGGGAUUUAAGCUGAUGUUCUGUGUCUGUGUAGUCCAGCCUUUUUAUUUCUGCUUUGCUUACGCGGCACCUUUGGGUGAGUGGAGGCCACAGAUUCCCAAAAUGGUUUGGGUUGGAAGGGACCUCAAAGCUCAUCUCAUUCCACCCCCUGC